AUGGCCAUCGUUUUCGGCACCCGCCUCGCCGGCCCCGGCCGCUCGUCGCGGUACAACCCGGGCACCUCGCCCGAAGCAACAUGGAAGACGAUCAACGGGGUGCCGAUACCGCCGCGUCCCGAGGAACCAGACAACUGCUGCAUGAGCGGCUGCGUGCACUGCGUGUGGGACGAUUUCCGCGAUGAGAUGGAGGACUGGGCGGCGCGCGUGGCGCAGGCGAAGGCGCGGGCUGCUUCGUCGGGACCGCAGGCGGAGAUGCGCCAUGCGCCGCGGGCAGAGGUCGCGUCGGCGAGCACCAGUAUGGAUGACGAUGGGGGCGGUAGUGAGACGAAUUGGCCUGUUGGGGGGCAGGUGGAUGAUGACCUGUUUGCGAAUAUUCCGGUUGGGAUUCGCGAGUUCAUGAAGACGGAGAAGAGGAGACAUUGCAGGGAUCAUGGUGAUAUAUAUAUUCUCUACUGCGUGGUAAUUGCCUGUCAUUACCAUCCUACCAGCACUACCACCCCCUUUAGACAAUAUACCAGCAGCAGCGUACCACCUACCCCAACGAGUGUCCUGGCAACUCCUACCAACUAUACACACAUCAUUCUCAACAAAGCCAAUGUCGCACUAGCCCGCAGCCAGCGCCUUGUCGCCUCGUGGCUGCCACCCCAGACCGCCGACGAGCUCUCGCACCCCAAGACCGAGGAAGAGCUGCAACGCGAAGAAGAUGAGAUUUUUACCGCUGUGCCUGAGACGCUCGGCGUCGGCGCGCCUCUCCCGACAAAAGCGGCGGACGGAAGCUGGAAUCGCACGGAGCUGGAUUCGAAUGAUAAACUGCGGAAACAGCUGCUAGGGAAGAAUUAUAAGAAGGUCAUGGCAGCGAAGAAUACGUCUACGUCUACGCCCGUUGCGGGCCAAGCUGGGAAGCCGAAGCCCGGCACUGCGACAAGAGGAGAUGACGAGGACGAGGACGACGAGGAUGAAGGACGCACGGCUGUGGUUGGGAAAAAGGGUCAGUCGCGGAAGCGAAAAGCAGCAUCUACUCCCGACACGGGUGAGACGAAUACACCGGACGUUGCGGAGGGAGCGGACGGCGAUGGUGGCGAGGCCAAACAGCAAAUAGCCGAGCCACGACCGUCAGGGACGAAAGGGAAGAAGAAAGCGACGAGCUUUCUGGAUGAAAUUCUGGCCCAACGCUCCAAGAAGAGGAAGAAGUGA